CUCACUGGUGGUGUCUUACUCCUUUUCUUCUUCUCCGUUUUGACGUUUACCAAUUUGGUAGUCCAGAUUACGAAAAAAACUGCCGAGAGGAAUUGGCUUCGCCGCUGUGUAGCCGAUGUGACUCUAGAUCCUCAAACAGCCCAUCCCAAACUUACCGUGACUGAGGACCUGAAGAGAGUGAGUCUCCUGGACACACCGCAGAAGCGAGAUGACAACGAGUCGAGGUUUGAUGUCAGUAUCUGUAUCCUGGGAUCGAAUGGCUUCACAUCAGGGAGACAUUACUGGGAGGUGCAAGUGGCCAACCAGACCGAAUGGGCUGUGGGAGUGGCCAGAGUGUCUGUUAACAGGAAAAGGAGAACUGCUGUGGUACCGGAGGAGGGUUACUGGGCUGUGACCCUGACAUAUAGGGGUGAAUACGAAGCUCUGACCAAUGGUCGCACCACCCUGCCCGUGACACAGAGAUUCGAGAAGCUGGGAGUUUACCUGGACUGUGAGAUUGGACGGGUAUCAUUUUACAACGCUGACAACGCAUCUCAUCUCCACACUUUCUAUUCCGUUUUCACUGAGAUAGUUUAUCCUUACUUCAGGCCUGGUUUGAGUGAUGACGGGGAAAGCUCGGGGAUGCUUGAAAUCUGCCGGGAAAAGCAGGAUACUUAUCGGUGCCAACUGUUUCCCUGCUGCCGAGGAAGGAAAUACGUUAAAGAAAGGGAACAGUAUCGGCUGACUGAGAGAAAUCCGUAGUUUGCCUUUCACCUCGUCUCACUGUGUGUAACAAAAUGUGUAUUUCGCCAGUCACCUUCUAUAAUCUGCGUAACGGUGCAAUAAAGCUUGUAGUUUAGAUUACCCCUUGCA